AUGUCGAAGAAAGAGGUAGCUACUUUUGCUGCUGGUUGUUUUUGGGGAGUUGAACAUAUUUUUCGUAAACAUUUUAAAGAUAUCGAAGCACGAGUUGGUUAUACUGGUGGAACAUCAGAAAAUCCAAAUUAUAGACAGGUCUGCUCCAAAACAACGGGUCACGCUGAAGCCUGCAAAAUCGAAUUCGAUCCAACGAAAGUUUCGUAUGCUACAUUAGUUGAAUUUUUCUACAAGACUCAUGAUCCAACAACCUUAAAUAAGCAAGGAAAUGACACUGGGAAUCAAUACCGUUCCGCUAUAUUUUAUCAUUCUCCUGAACAAAAAGAAGUUGCUGAGCAAGUAACAAAACAGGUUCAAGAAAAACUUGACAAUAGUAAACCAGGUUCAUUAUAUUCAGGCUCAAAAAUCGUUACAGAAAUUGUCGAGGCUAAUGAAUGGUACGAUGCUGAAGAUUAUCAUCAAGAGUAUUUAGUGACUUGGACCGCUUGGUUCCAUUCUUUCGAAAAUGAAGUUGUCGCCACCGCUCUAAUAGCUUUCAUUAUGCAUGAAAUUGUUUAUUUUGGGCGUUGUGUACCCUUUUGGAUCGCUGACUUAAUACCCUUUUUCCGAAAGUACAAGCUUCAAGCUGUAAGCGAGCGUUUAUCUAAUAAAUCUAAUACGGUAGCAGAACAUUGGCAAUGUCUUAAAUCUGUUCUUUUUGCUCAUUUUUGUGUUGAACUCCCAUUAAUUUUCAGUUUUCAUCCUGUGGCUACAAUGUUCGGAAUGGAAAUAACCACAGUUCCAUUCCCUCAAUGGCAAAAAAUGACAUAUCAAGUUGCCUUGUUUUUUAUUUUUGAGGAUACAUUCCACUAUUGGUUUCAUCGUUUAUUACAUUAUGGUCCUUUUUAUAAGUAUAUUCAUAAACAACAUCAUGAAUAUUCUGCUCCUUUCGGACUGACAGCCGAAUAUGCUCAUCCACUCGAAGUAAUUAUCUUGGGCGCUGGAACUAUCGGAGGUCCGCUUUUAUGGGUUUCAAUUACUCAUGAUCUUCACCUUAUUACUGUUUUCAUUUGGAUUAGUUUACGUCUAUUUCAAACUAUUGAUGCACAUUCUGGCUAUGAUUUUCCAUGGUCACUUCGUCAUUUCAUUCCGUUCUGGGCGGGCGCCGAACAUCACGAUUAUCAUCAUAUGGCAUUUGUUAAUUGCUUUUCUACUUCGUUUAGAUGGUGGGAUUAUUUAAUGGGCACUGAUUUAAAGUACAGAGCUUACAGAGAAAAGAAGGAAGCAGAGCUCAAGAACAGUGGAAAGGCAAAAGUAAAAGCCAACUGA